GAGUUCACCAGGGCGAUCCUCUUGGCCCAAUGCUGUUUUCUGUCGCCUUACACCCAUACCUUGUGGAUCUUCAAGAAAGCCAUCCAUCGACUAGAGUUCUAGCAUACCUAGAUGAUAUGUUUUUCAUUGGCCCCUUGGAUGAUGUUAUUACAUGCCUGGAUGAUGUGGAAUCCAGUUUGAAGAAAAUUGGUCUUAAUAUUGCUAUUGAAAAAUGUGAGCUAUUUUGCAAUGGUCUUACAACACCUCCUUGUCUCAACAGGGCCAUUAGAGUUGUAUCAUCUGGAAUUGACAUCCUGGGAAUCCCUAUUGGGCAACAGCAGUAUGUCACAGAAUCUUGUUUGGACAUCGCAAAAUCAGGCCAGAGCCUUUGUGAGCAGAUUUCAUCUCUUAACGAUCCUCAAUCUGGAAUGUUACUACUACGCUACUGUCAUGUGCCUCGCAUUAAUCAUAUGGCACGGUCAGUGUGUCCUACUCAGCUAAGGUCUGCAGCUAGGUUUCAUGAUCAGCUGACAAAAGAAACCUUUUUGCAAUUGGUUAGUUUUCGCAAUAUAGAAAAUGACCAAUGGCUGCAAGCAACUUUGCCCGUUCGCAAUGGUGGGUUUGGGAUGACAUCAAUAGAAACAACGUGUCAUAUUGCAUUUGUAUCCAGCUGGGCUCACUCUUUAAGUCGUCUUCCUCAUUUGUUUGGAGAUCUCACUAGUCCAAUCAAGAACAUCUCUUGUCCAAUUCCAAGUUGUACUUCUGUUGGAUCCAUUAGUCAUCAGCUUCAUCUCGCUCUACCUGAAGACAAAUCUCUAGCUGAUCUGAUGUGUAACACUAAAAAGUUACAACAAAAAUUGAACUUGCAAAGAACUGACAACAUUGUAUCUUCUAUUCUUGCAAACCCUCAAUCUAAGCGUUCUUCUGCAAGAUUUAGGUCUCUUCAGGGAACAGGAGCAGGUGCGUGGCUUGACUCAAUACCACAAUCAGCGAAGUUUGCAUUAAAGCCUGGCGAGUUUCGUCUUGCAACACGCUUGAGACUGGGUUGUGAAAUGCCCUUGGGAUCUGUUGUGUCAACCUGUGAAUGCGGAAAAGAUGUUGACAGAGAUGGCUAUCACCUUCUAACAUGCAAGAGCGGGGGCGGACCUGUCUGGACUCACGAAACACUGUCCAGUGUAUGGAGCAGCUGCCUACAACAACUUAAAAUGACACACCAAAGGGAACCAAGGAAUUGCUACAUUAAUAGUAAUGAUAGACCUGAUAUCAUUGCAUUUGAUGCACAAUCUGGUUGCGAUAUCGAAUUGGACAUUUCUGUGGCUCACCCAUGGGCACAACAGAUUCUUUCUCAAGCAGCUUUGGAAGAUGGUGCAGCUGCAUCCAAAAGAGAGCUUGAAAAGGCACAGAAAUAUGGUGGUGAGUGGAACAUGUGGGGUCGCACCUCUAACUGCAUUGCCUUGGUUUUCGAACAUUUUGGAAGAUGGGGACAAGAUGCUGUUGACUUUCUCAAUCGCUUGUCACACCAGUCAACAGAUGAAGAUGGAAGAUCAAAUGGCAGAGAGUUCAAGACGUACUGGCGUCGCUGUUUAUCAAUAGCUUUACAAAGAUGCAAUGCUAAUGUUUUAUGUAAAAAAUUAGGAAGAGUAGUACGAUCAAAGGACUCAACUGAACCGUGUUUUGCUAAUUAGAUAGAUUGAUAAAGUAGCCCAUUAUGGGCUCUUAGACUUUGUGAUUUUAGUUCUAAUUGUCUUAGACUGUAAUAGCGAUGAUGUGUGAAAAUAUAUGUAUUGACAGACAGACAGACAGACAGACAGACAGACAGACAGACAG